AUGUUACCACGUGGAAAGGAAGGGGAAAAUGAAGAAAAGUCUGGAUACUUGGUGGAGUUCUCUACUUCUUCUUCCCGUACCACCAUGAAUAAGUGGAGUGCAAUGGAUAUUGUAAAGAGGAAAUGGAAGAACAUGGUCAUGAAGGUCUGGGAAAGGUUCUGCAACGCAUCAAGAUCGCCGACGUCUCCGAACGGCCACGGUGUCGGAAACAUAGCACCGGAAGGGUGUUUCUUCGUCUACCUUGGAGCCCAAAGACGAAGAUUCGCGAUCAAGGCUGAGAUCGCCAACCAUCCGUCGUUCCAGAUGUUGUUAGAAGACGCCGAGCUCGAGUACGGGUUCAGCAAUGAAGGUCCACUCCUUCCUUGA